UAUAUUCACUUACUCGGAGUAAUAGUGGCGCUGUUUCAGUGUUCAAAACUUCAAGCGCCACCCAUACAACGAACUGGGGAAAACACACCCCAUUUAUCCGUAGUUGUUGCCGCAUGUCCAGUAGGAUUUUACACGCGCCUACAAGAUAUAUAUUUAAACAUUUGGGACGGGAUUUAUGUUGAUUUUAAUGCGAUAGCUUCAUUUAUUUAACACUCAACCGCUUCGGUCUUCAACAUACAUACAGCAGUAAUGUUCUGCAGAAACCAAACUUCCAGAGCAACUGUGGCCCGCGGAUCCGCGAUGGAGAUGGAGGUGAAGAGAGGCCGAUUCCGCCUGAGCGUGCUGGAGGAUUCCGCACAGGACUGUGAGGUUCAGAGACGGAUCGAGAGAGAGGUAAGGAUCAGAGAAGGGGCCUGUAAGCUUUUAGCUGCAUGUUCUCAGAGAGAUCAAGCUCUGGAAGCUUCCAAGACUCUCCUCACAUCCAACAGCCGCAUACUGGCCCUCAUGACCCAGCUGCAGCGCAUGAAGGAAGCCCAGGCCAUGCAGAGAGCAGAACGGAGGUCAUCUGAUGGUGGGUCUGUUGAUGAGCGAUUACCUUGUACUGGAAAAAUAGCCAUUUCAGAUAUUCGCAUUCCUCUCAUGUGGAAAGACUCAGAGUAUUUCAAAAACAAAGGAGAGCUGCACCAGUGUGCUGUGUUCUGUUUGCUGCAGGUGGGGACAGAGAUUCAUGAUACGGAUCUCGUAAUAGUGGACAGGACGCUCACAGACAUCUGUUUCGUUGAACCAGUGAUAUUCACUGACGUACCUCCAGGCUUUGACCUGCGGGUGGAGCUCUACAGCUGCUGUGUCGAGGGGGAAUUCAGCAUGGGCUUCUCCACACGGAGGUUGAGCCGGCUGGGGAGUGCCUCCAGUAAGAAGUUCAUGGCAUCUUUAGAGACAGCAGCUUCCUGCAGUUCCCACAGCAGUGGGACCAGAUCGGGAGAGAGUUCACCCAGAGGAGAAUCACCGGUUCUGCUGCCUGUUCUGUCAGUACGGGGCCCUAAAUAUCACCUCCUUGCCCACACAUCUCUGACCCUGUGCCACAUACAGAACUCUUUCCGAACCCAUGACCUGACAAUAUCAGACACGGACCGCACUGUAGAGUCUUCGUUUUGGUUGCCGCUCUAUGGUAACGUAUGCUGUCGGCUCGUGGCCCAGCCUCUCUGUAUGACUCAAGUUGUUAUGUGUGGAAAACUCAGAAUUCGGUCAGAGACCAAUCCUGAAGACUGGAGGGAUGUCUACAGUGUCCUGAGUGGGUCAGAUUUAAAAUGUUACCAGCAGCAAGACGAUACAGACUCUUUAGAGACACCGCUGUUCACUAUUCCCAUUAAUAAGGACACCCGUGUGUGUGCCAGAGAGAGAGAUCCGGCUCUACAUUCUCACAGUAUCACCAUAAUAAACCAGUGUGGUGAUGAGACCACAUACACGAUUCUCACGUAUACAUCUGAAGACACACACAGAUGGAUGGAAGCCUUCUGGCAGCAUUUCUAUGACAUCAGCCAGUGGAAACAGUGCUGUAAUGAGCUCAUGAAGAUUGAGGAGCCAAAGAAAAUAGUGUUGGUGACAAAACAAGGUUCCCUGUAUCAUGAAAUGGUUACGCCACCUUCCACCCAGAACAGAAACCAUCUGCUACCCCUGAACAGACCUGUUUCUUCUGAGAUCCAAAGCCUGCUGUCCAGCUAUUAUAAUGACAGUUACUGAAGAAUCGAUCAAGAAAACUAAAGCAAGAAAAAAACUGUUCUCUGCACAGCUCAACACACCCCAGUGUAUCACAGCACACAUAAAUCCUUGCGAGCUUUAGUGUGCAACACUUUUUUGAGUUUUUCAUAUUUAUUUGCCAAAUCCAGAAUGCACACCCAAGUUUUUCAUAACCAAAUACCUUAUUGGCCUUAAACUGUGUUUGUCAUUAUCACAGAAAUAACCCCUAAUACAUGACUGUAAAUUAUCCCACUUUUUAGCUACUUAACAAAUAAAUAAAUUAAUAAUAAUAAAUAAAAUUUGAUAUUUGAUUUAAAAAUGUGAAAAUUAUGAGUGUUACAAGAGACAAAAACUAGCACACCUACGUAAGAACUUGGUUGCCAUGAACAACAGCUAAUUAUAAAGUUUAGCGUCAUUUAGUUCCAUUUAGCAUUCCAAAGAGCCAUUUAGUAAUUUCCCAGUAUACAGUUGUUAAAGGGAUACUCCACCCCAAAAUCAAAAUGUUGUCAUAAAUCACUUACAC